AUGGCUUCUCCACUCGAUAUUAGUGUCCAACAGGCACGAGAAGUAGUUCGUAAAGUCAGUAGUAAGAAUGGAUGGAUUGAGCCAGAGGAGGAGGCCGCCACACCCCUUGGAGUUUUGGAAGCUCUUUCCAACGUUCGCGAAGAACUUGCGACUUUAGUGGAAGUUAUCUCGGAGGAUAUUGGUUCGGGCAGAGGUCGCUUCAUUCUAGAGCUGACGCAAAACGUGGAAGAUUGCUCGUUCGACGUCACGAACGAUCCCCCAUGGCUCAACUUUGACCUAAGUCCUGAGAGGAUUGUUGUAGAAUCAAAUCAAGACGGGUUUAAUGAAAGGGAUGUGCGCUAUGUUUGUCGUACCGGAGACAGCUGGAAAAGGCAAGCGCAUGGGUAUGUUGGGAAUAAAGGAAUCGGAUUCAAAGCGGUAUUUCAAGUGGCAUCCCGAGUCGAUAUACAGUCUAACGCCUUUUCUUUUCAUUUUAUUUAUAACAGACAAGGUACUGUUGAGGAUCGAUUGGGUAUGGUUACUCCUCUCCAAGGAAACACUCCAAUUCCCGAGCAAGAGCGACCUUUAACCAGAAUGACAUUAACAACGAAUGUUUCCAAUUACGACAAUAUACUUCGUUACUUUGAUGAAAUAGAUUCAACGCUAUUACUGUUCCUACAAAAGAUUCAGACUAUCAGUAUCAGAGUUCACCAGCAAGCGGGAGGAUGCAGGACCACAACAUUUAGCCAAAGAGUACCUUACGAAAACGUAUCUGCUCAAUGGACCACUCUUAUUAAGACGGUGGGAACCGAGGACGCUGCAUCAAGCGAAUUGAGUGAAACUUCACACUACUAUGUUUUUAAAAGCACCCUCACAGGGUUGUCUGCCGAACACACACGUCCAGAGAGAGAUGGAUGUGAACUGGUAUUGGCAUUCAGAGUGGACGAUAAUGAUCAGCCUCUAUUACCUACACGUUAUGACGUCUUCGCGUAUCUUCCAGUCGGGAAUUUUGGAUUCAAUUUUUUGAUUCAAGCAGAUUUUAUCUUGCAAGCAAGCAGAGAAGAAAUUAUGUCCGACUCUCAGUGGAACCGCGACAUCUUAUCCUCAAUUGUAGACAGCUUUUCUGAAGCAAUGCUCGACUUCUGCCGCAGAUACGGCCCCCUCAGAUACAAUUGGGUGAAGUAUCUACCUUUCGGAGGAGUGCUCGAGAGCCACUACUUCUGGAGGGAACUACCUGGUAAGGUUCUCGAUCGACUAAAAGAUGAAUAUAUUUUAUAUCUUCAUGGGACAAAUGAGCUUCGAAAGCCGCAAGACGUGAGGACGUUUCCUCCACAAGGAUACGUGGAUGACAAUGGAUCGCCUUUGUUCAGGGACCGGCCCGGAAGACACAGCAAAUACCUAUCGCUAGAGUAUGGAGCCCUAAAUAUCCAAAUUCUCAAGAGAAUUUUUGGCAUUGCGGACAUCGAAGAUCUUGCAAUGUGUCACAGAAUCAGAGAAGAUUUGAGAAGGCCCGAUUCUACAAUGAAGAAUCCAAGCACACCUGGCGCUUGGCACCGACAAGCAGCUCGUCUGAUCAUGUCUAUAUUAAGGCGAUCUCAGGGAACUGCUAUCGAGACUUAUAUCAUGGAGGAAUUGCAAUUGAUACCAUUGAGCGACGGACGUUGGGUGGCGCCACGGCAGACUCACGUAUACUUUCCCGCGGAGAUCGGACCUGGAAUACCUCAAGAUAUCGUGGUGACGAUCGAUGCCGGGUUAGAUAAUGAGGUUCGAGAAGAGCUAUUCCAAGCUCUUGGUGCUGUAGAAUGCCCGCCCGAAGAAGUGAUAGACAAGAUCUUUCUGACAUACUCAACGGGACGAGGAGUUCGAACUCUAGAGUCUUCGAAAGCCCACUUGAGUUAUCUGUUUUGGCAUGUUGAAAAUAUCUCUGAUCCAAGAUUCAGGCAUUUACAAAUUUACGAUCACGAUGGGAUAAUGGCCCAACCCCAUAGAAUUGGUAUGCCGGUCUAUCUUCCAACCGAAGAUGAAUACGGUCCCCAAAUGUUACUCAGACGAGUACCCCCAAUAUUGCCAAUCGCUUUCCUCCAUCCAGAUUAUCUGAGACCAAUGUCUCCCAUAAAUCGACAAACUGGGCGCUACGACAUGAGUUGGUUGAAAUGGGUUGUAAUUGCAUUAAGAAUUCGGGACGUUCCUCGAUUGGCUUCUCAUGCGGGUACAUUAUCCGCCGAAUUUCGACAUAUUCUUCAACGUAGACAGGAUAAGAUAAUUGGGACUUUGAAAACUCAUUGGGGAGUGUAUAGACGAGAAAUGAGGGAUUCACUCAUCUAUGACAUCAAAACAGCAAAUGUUUCGUGCUGGGGUAUUCGACCAAAACAAAUGGAUUCGACUUACUUUCCAACAGAACAGCUUGAAAACCAAUGCAGAGACCUCGGAAUAACCUUGAGUUUUCCAUUUUUGGAUAGAACAACACUUCCAGGAUAUGAUGGUUCAGCAGAAGAUUGGGCGUUUCUCGCCCGAUUUGGUGUGCAAUUCGAGCCGUAUUUAAACUUCUACCUGGAAAUCUUGCGACAGCAUGCAAGUCGGCCACAAAGUAAUUGGGACUCCGCUCGAGGUAACAUUCUGAAGACAUACUCAGCAAUUUCUGACCACGGAAGUGAAAUUCACACAGAACUUAUCGUAGAAGCGUUCUAUCGGGAAAAUUUGAUCCUAGAUCCGGCAUGCCUCCAACCAGACUCCAACGCCCCUAGAUGGAUUGAUAUAGACGACUGCGUCUGGAAAGGUCCUGAAGAUCUACUUGAUAAGACACCUUUGUAUUCUGCAUCAGAAUAUCGAAAUAGUCCGCAGAUAAACCGCUUAUUUCACCAGCGUAUCCUCAAGAUCAAAGACGCCGACUGGAAGGAUUAUCAACGCACCUUGAUCAAGAUUAAAACAAAUCCUGAACCCUCCUGGGAUGCUACCGAUCGAGCGCAAAGGCUCUACACCCUUCUUGCAGAAACAAGAUUAAAUGACGAAACUUGGAGUGCGAUUCGGCAUACAUUUGAGGAAGAGAAACUAGUAUAUCUGCCUUCAGCGGACCAAUGGUACCCGCCCUCCCAGUGUCUCUGGAGUAGUCCCUUGCCAAUUCCAGACAUGGUAGUCAUCGGUUCUGAAUAUCCCGAUACCCUCAAAGAUUUCUUCCUGAUGCGCUUGAAAAUCUCACCAGCGUCAUUACCAACAUUGAUCGAAGCACUGGUUGCAAGGAGUCGUAAUGGAUCAUCUUUGGCUGAUAUCAAGCAAACGAUCAAAGCAAUCAACAGAAUGAAACCGACAUGGAAAGACCUGCAAGUCCUCAGAGCAUAUGGCUUCCUUCCAAUUAGAAGGCAUAGCGAAGAUGGCAACGUGACUUUAGGGAAUCUUUUUGAAACAUUUGCCGUUAUUGACAAUACGAAAAUCUCGGCAAUUUUCAACGAUCAUGUCGACAUGUUGGACUUUUCUUUAGAAGAAGUCCUUGAACUGGAACCAUUUCUACAUGGCCUAGGUCUCAAGAGCAAGUACUUGUCUCGGAUUUACACCACAGACACGGACUGCGGGGAAGGUUCCACAAUGGACGACAAAUUAACAGACAACUUUAUGGACAUAGCCUACGAUAUUCUGCGCAUCGUAGUCACCCAUCGACGUAUAGACGACCCACAACCACUAUACUUCCAACUUCAGAUGUCGUCAGUUCUGAAAUCAAAUGCAAUUAGGGCAACGUAUACUCUACGCCAUGAAAAUGGUGACACCACCGGACCCAUUCCCGGUAUUCCUGGUCAUGUACACGUUGAAGAAGUCCAAGGCUUUUGGGCGAUAUUCGUUCCAGAAAUAGCAUCAGAGAGGGAAAUCUCCUACAAAUUGCAUCUCCCAAGAGCGCUUGCUCGCCUGCUAGAUCUACCUGCAUCUUGUCGAGACGUAAUUGGUCUCGUUCUGAACAGCAGCCCCGCUGUUAUAGACGAGCUCCUGGAAACCGAAGGUAUUGGACAAGUUCUUGGUAUCGAACCACCCGUUAGAAGACUUAACGACGAUGAGAAUACUCUCAGUGAUGAAGAGCAAGCAACAGACACAACUUCCACUCCACAAGGUACAUCUAGGCCUAUCAGUCGGGGAUCUGAUGAUGUUCCACGAGCGAGCCGAGCAAUCAUGGUCGCGACUGAGCGUCGCUCAGCACCAAUAUCUAGAGAAGAAUCUCACCGGCAGCCGCUUGACCUAGAACAAGCCGUAGAUUCAGAACAAGAGCCAUAUCCGCAGUCACCUUCGGAACUUGAAUCGGAGUCAAACUUGGAUAAUGUUAUACACUUACCAAUUCGACAGGUACCAAAUGUUGACGCGUAUACGCAACUUCUUGGUCAUGUCAUCCGUAUUGCGAGGGAGACCGAUUUUCCUCGAAGCGACUCCCCAGCAGCACCCGGAAAUGGACGAUAUCUACCUGGCUAUGACGCUCUGGGUGCAUUUGGUGUUCGGUCAUUGAAUCAAAUCGGGCACGAUAAGAAGAUAGGGGCUGCCGGUGAACUAUUCGUUUAUGAAAUGCUUCUCGGCGUCUUAAGACCACAUUUCGGCGAAGAUAAUUGGAGAAGUACAAUACGCAGAUUUGUAACUGUUCAUCCGAACUAUCGAGAUAUGCUUCCAUGGAAUGGGCAGGAGAGGUCUGAUAUUGUCUAUCAAGAUACGGACGGCCGGUUGACCUUGUUGCUUGUUGCACUAGGUUACCUGGAUAUCAUUUGGGAGGGAACAGAACCAGAAUACCUGAUUGAAGUUAAAACAACUACCGGAAACUGCGCUGAUCGGUUCUUUAUGAGCACGAACCAGUACAAUAUGAUGCAAACAGAUGCACUCCAACCAGGCCAGACUUCUGAUCGAGUUUACCUCAUUUGUAGAGUAUAUGAUCUUGGUAAAGACAGCAUGAACUUGAAGAUCUAUGUUGAUCCAGAGGCACAUCGGCAGAGAGACGCGUUACUGUUUGCUGAGAAUGGAUAUACUGUGACGCCUAGAUCUCAAGCAUAG